AUAAAAGAUUUACGCCAGACGUUUACCAACCAAUUACACUUGGUCACAAAUACAACACAGCUGCGCAAAAUCUAUAAGCUGAAUAAAUCUUUUUUCACAAAGCUUGAUGAGUUAAAAGUUAGAUUUUUUAACGGUGGUGCGCUUUUUUCAUGUCCCGUUUUUUUGACUGGCUUGGCGUUUUUUGAGCAAAAAAAAACGUUUCGAAUUAUUUAUUGCAAGAUUAUUUCGAGGUACAUUUUAUUCUUAAUUAAGGCCAUUUUUAACAGUAGUGACAAAAUGGAGAAAGUUCAGAGAUCAGUUACCUUCGCUGCCCCUUCAAGGGAGAAAACGAGUGUUUCAACAGUGAUGGACAUAGGUCCAGAUAGCAGACAGGGCGAAAUUAGAAGAAAAACAUCAAGACCACAAACUACAGGCGACAUGGCAACAAGUGUGGUUCAUAUCACAAGUCAAUCGAGCAGCCGCGGGUAUAAAGUGAGACAAACAAGGCCUGCCAAGUCUACGUGGCUAAUACGGAAGGAGCAGAGAAGAAGGAGAGACGAGGUAGAUAGAGUCAUCCAAAGACAACUCACUCUGCCUGCCAUUUCAGGAGACAAACUGAGAAAGAUACGUGAACUGAGAGAGAGACCUGUUGAGCUGAACCAGGAGCAGAGAGAGUCUAUCAACCAGAAGAGCUUCGAAGAAAUCAUCAGUCAGUUCAAACAACUUCGCAUGGAGCAGGAGAGACAAAAACAGGGACUGUCGGUCAACAGAGACCCCAUGCAGGACUUGAUGGCGCUCAGAAGCUUCAGUGAAAAAGUGCACGCGAACAUUGAGAAGCUGAAAAAGAACAGUCUGAUGGAGGCAGCUGUCAAUGCGGAGAAGCAGAAGCGGCUGGAGCAGCAGAAGAGAAGCCAGAUGAUGAUCUACCAAGAAGAAGAUAUGUCCACGGAAGAGAGGAUAGAGAAAAACAGAAGACUGAGGAGACGCAAACUGGUAGCCAGGUUCCAGAUGAUUUCCCAGAAGGUGGCCAACUUGUACAAGAAACGAAUGGUCCAAUUGGAGCAGAAAGCAGAGGAGAAGCUAUCAACUAAAAAUCGAUUACUGGGAAAAGCGGCAAAUACAAAACAUUUCAACAGUCUAUUCGAGGCUGUGGUGUACAUGGGUUACGUCAAGGAAACCGAGGAAACUCUUCAACUUAAGAGGACAUGGGACGAUGUGCGCAAAUGUCGAUACCUUCGAGGACAUGAACCAGAAGACAUGCGAGUACCAGAUGAUCAAAAACUAUCCGACUUUGUAUUUGGAAGGUAAACUAAAAAUUAAAAAAAAAAACAUUGUAAAAUAGAAAUUUUGCUUGGUACUGAUUUAAAAUUCUCUUAAAUUUGACCUUCUAUAAUAAUUGCACAUGCGCGCGGCUAUGUUUUUAAAACAACGGAUAUCUAUUGCUAAUCAAACUGCCAAUUCCGCCUGUAUUCUGGGCACAAUGCGAGAAGUUGAAUCCCUAGAAGAACUUUUCUAUACUAUAUAACUCCUUCAUUUACAUGACCUUAUAUGACCGCGUAUUUAAUAAUUGAAUAAAAUCUAGCCAUACAAACUUAUUAU